GAACAAACCUGCCUUUAUGAGCUCUGAGAUCAACCUGUGCAACUGCUCACAGCUUGGAGAAGCUGACAGGUCAGUCCACUUUGGAUUCUGGUCUGUCUCAAAGGCAAGCAUUGAGAAAUGAUGGAGAACAUGGAGCAGAAAAAAGGCAAGGAACCAGAUCCAGAGUCAGAGGAAGGGACCUCGGUUGCUCAGAACAGCAAGAACACUGAGCACAGCCUUUCUCGAAACACCACUUUCCAGAAGCCCAAAUUCAUGCGAUUGAAGAACUGGCAGAGCGGGAACCUGUUGUAUGACACGCUGCACCAACAGACAAUCAAGCGAUGCCCGUGCUCGGAGACGCGAUGCCUGGGAUCUGUCAUGUUCCCUGAAGAGCUCAUAUCCAAACCAAAAGGUGAAGCCCAGUCCAAGGAGCAACUGCUGCAGCGGGCAACAUUGUUCCUCAACCAGUACUACACAGCCAUGAAAAGGGAAGGGACUCCAAGCCACAGCAAGCGCCUGAUGGAGGUGGAGGUGGAGGUGCUGAGGACUGGCUCCUAUCAGUUGAUGCAGAACGAGCUGAUUUUUGGGGCGAAGCAGGCCUGGAGGAAUGCAGCACGGUGUGUCGGCCGAAUCCAGUGGAGCCGCUUACAGUUGUUUGAUGCUCGGGACUGCAAAACGGUGGAAGAAAUGUUCACCUACAUCUGCAAUCACAUCAAGUAUUCAACUAACAAGGGAAAUAUCAGAUCUGCCAUCACAAUCUUCCCUCAGAGGUCAGAUGGGAAGAAGGACUUUCGGGUGUGGAAUAGUCAAUUUAUUCAGUAUGCGGGGUUCACCCUGGCAGAUGAUACAGUCCUGGGAGAUGGUGCGACUGUUGAGUUCACUGAGCUUUGCCUGCAGCUGGGUUGGAAGCCUGAGUGGAGUCGAUUCACAGUGUUGCCCUUAGUGUUACAGGCAAAUGGUGAGGACCCUGAGCUCUUUGAAAUCCCACCAGAACUGAUCCUGGAAGUUCCCAUACGACACCCACAAUAUGAAUCCAUCUCAAACCUCAAUCUGAAAUGGUACGCACUCCCAGCAGUUGCUAACAUGCUGCUUGAAAUUGGAGGUGUGGAAUUCCCAGCCUCGCCCUUCAAUGGCUGGUACACGGGCAGUGAAAUCGGUGUGAGGAAUUUCUGUGAUUCAACACGAUACAACCUACUCCAGGAAGUUGCAGAGAGGAUGGGGUUGGAUACCAGGAAGAUUACGUCACUGUGGAAGGAUAAAGCUGCUGUGGAGCUGACUACCGCUGUUCUUCACAGUUUCCAGCUUGUUAAAGUGACGAUUGUCGAUCAUCACACGAUCACUGAGUCCUUCAUGAAGCAUCUGGAGAAUGAGUACCGUAUCCGUAAUGGAUGUCCCACAGACUGGGUUUGGAUUGUUCCUCCAAUAUCUGGGAGUCUAACUCCUGCAUUCCAUCAGGAAUUCCUCAACUACAACCUCUCGCCAGCUUUCUCCUAUCAGACUGUCGCUUGGAAAACCCACGACUGGAAAGGAAGUGAGGGGUUCCCAAUGAAACGGCGCACAAUUGGAUUCAAAGAACUUGCAAAGGCAGUGACAUUCUCAACAAUGCUGAUGGUCCAAGUCAUGGCCAAACGGAUAAAAGUGACAAUUCUCUACGCCUCCGAAACUGGCAAGUCAGAGACUUUCGCCAAGAAAUUGUGUGACUUCUUUAAAUGCACUUUUUAUCCAAAGGUCAUAUGCAUGGAUGAGUACGAUAUUAUUAACCUUCAACAUGAAACCUUGGUUUUAGCCAUCAGCAGCACGUUUGGAAAUGGUGACCCUCCAGAAAAUGGACAGAGUUUUGCAGACCUCUUAUUCGCGAUGACACAUCCAGGCUCCACCAAAGUGCCAAAGUGAGUUAAGCUGACUUGGAGCAGAGUAGGUACAGGGACAGUGUUGAUGAGCUCACAGCCAUGUUCCUGAACACAGCAGCACGUAUACAGAAAUACACAGCUGACAGACCUCCGCAACAGUCAUUGUCCGAUCAGCCAGAGAACAGGGUUUGCUCAUUCAGCACCUUAUACGUGUUCCAACAUAGGGAU